UAUAUAUAUAUAUAUAUAUAUAUAUAUAUAUAUAUAUAAUCUAUUAUUAUACAUAUUAUAUUACGGAUAUUUGUUGUUAAUUUAUCAUGUUACCUGCGAGAUCGCGCGGCAUUAAAUACUUGGUGAGCGUAACUUUUCUUUCAAAGUAUGUAAAGUUUAUUUUAAAUUUUUCUUUUAAAGCUCAUUAAGUGAUGAUCAUAAAAGUGUAUAUAUAUAUAUAUAUAUAUAUAUAUAUAUAUAUAAAGUGACAAGCAAUUACUUCCAGAUUUUGUAAUUAAAGUUACGCCGCCGAAUAAAUUUCCUCAUUCAUGCCAUUAGCGUUUCUUAAAAGCUGUGGAUGUAAUUUACUAUUAAAAUUGUCAUUGUGUCUGUUCGCUGUAAUACGUGACGUGACAAUACUGCCAGUCCUUUGAUUAAUAAAAUACUGAAAAGAAUUCUGCUGCAACAAUUCGAUAUCACGAUAUAAGCAAGAAUUUCGGAAAUUUCGUUUGAUUAAUUCUGGUGUGUAAAGAUUUUCACAUGACAUAAAUCAUGUUAAAAUAACAAUGCAUGCGUUCAUUAACAUGUAAAUUUAUAGAUCCACAUAUUUGUUAAUUUAAACUGUGCAUUAAUUAGCGUGUUCUUUGAUUAAUUAACUUGAUUUUUGCAGUUUUUUUUUUUUUUUUAAUAAAACACUAAGAAGAAAAAAUCAAAAUAAUUUAAUUAGAAUCGAAUUAUUGAUUAAAAUCAAGAAAAAAAGUGAUUUAUUUACACAAUGAAAUAACAGCUAUAUAUAAACCAAUGUAAGUUCUCAUUAUUUUCACAAUUAUUAUUAGCUUACUUACUUACUUAUUACUUUUUCAAGGAAGCGGAGAAAUUAACGGACAUCAUCGCUUAUUGAACGCACACUUGCGCUAUGUAUUUUUUUUUAAAAAGCUUGCUUGUUUUUUUUUCCCGAGCUAAUAUCUAUCGUAAAUCGUUAGUAUUGCGACGUUUUGUUAAUAAAUACUCGCGCCAGACGCAUGCGCUUUGCCGAUUGAUUAUUUUACCUGGUGCCACAUAUUGUCAGUCUUUAGUCAUGGCAGAUUGCCAUGCGACCAAAGAAAACAAAAUUUCGUAACCUCGAAUGUACGUUUAUGAACGUGAUAAACGCUGGAGCACGGGUGUCUUGUACUUAAGAAAUCCAUAAAGAAUGCACCCGCCAAUUGCAUCGAAUUGACCGCGGAUUUUUAUCAAAGAUGUAUAAUGCUUCUAUUUGCAGUUUAACAUAAAAGCAUGUAAAAUUAAACAUAUUUUAAUGCCGCUUUAUUUAUAUAAUUAUAUAUAUACACACACAGACAUACCCAUAUACACUAGGUAAGAACUCAAAUGCAGUUUUAUUGAUAACUUCAACGUCAAACUCAAUAUAAUAAUAAUAAGUGUAGUGUAUGAUGUUCAAUUUUCUUAAUUGCUAAUUUCUUAAUUUCUAAUUAAAAAUGAUGUUUAAAUUUGUCAUUGUUUAAAUUGUGGUGAAAUAAUAGAAAAAGAUUAAACUUUUAUUUGGAAAAUCUUAUAAUAUAUUAAUUAUUAUUAGCGUAAUUAUUGUUACAAUAUUGCUUUAAUUAAUAAUGCUGUUAAUACAGUAAUGGAUAUUUACACUAAUUAAUUAUGUUAUUGCAUUUAUGCACUAAAACAUUGAUUUUUCCUAUAUUAUUAUUUAUAUACGUAUUAAUAUAUUAUAUUAUCUAUGUACACAAAAAAUAUAUUAAAUGUACACAAAAUAUAUAUUUUAGAUAUUUUUUGGAAGUUUUAUCGAUGUUUGAAAAUUAUAUGCUUACAUCCAUCUCAUGGCAUCUGCAAAGCCAACUACGUGCAAAGAAGCUAUACGACGAUGGGAAGAAGAGAACGAGCAGGAAGCAGCUAAGGCGACAGAAGUAAUUUUAAGUUUUCAGUGGCCACCAAUAGAAAAGAUGGAUAAUGCAUUAGCAGUUUUAGCCAAUUGUGAGAAACUUUCCCUGUCGACAAAUAUGAUUGAAAAAAUUGCAGGCAUUGGCAAUUUAAAAAAUUUAAAGAUUUUAUCGUUAGGUCGUAAUUUAAUCAAAGGUUUCGCCGGUUUUGAAGUUCUGGGUGACACUCUCAUGGAAAUUUGGAUAUCUUACAAUUAUAUCGAGAAAAUGAAAGGCAUUCAAGCAAUGAAAAAUCUUCGUGUGCUUUACAUGUCCAAUAAUUUGGUACGAGAGUGGAACGAAUUCGCUAAACUACAAGAACUUCCAAAUCUUCGGGAUCUAGUUUUUGUCGGCAAUCCAUUGUAUGAAAGUCACGAGGUGGAACAAUGGAGAAUCGAGGUUGCGCGGCGUUUACCAAAUUUGGAGAAACUCGAUGGUGAACCCAUUAUACGAACAGAAGAAAAUCCAAUCUCGAUUCAAUCAGCCAAGGCUGACAGUCCAUCACAUGAUUUGCUUGAACAAGAACCUUGUUAAUUUUUUGACACAGCAUAUUUUAUCUAUCUUAUUUAUAUUUUUUACAUUUUUUAUAAAUAUUUUAUUAAUAGAUUUAUAGAUUAUCUUUAUUAUCAUGUUAUUAACAUCUCUUAGUUAAUAACAUAAUUAUAAGUUUGAAAUAAGAGAAGAUUAAACAUUCAGAUGUACAUUUAUAUUAAUUUAUUCGUCUCACAAUACAAGACAGAUCGUACAUACGUUGGUGGUUGAAAAAGGUUGAAAAAGCAAAUACAGUAGAGUUCGAUCGAAUUCGAUGCACGAAAUAUAUCGAGGAUCAGACAGACGAAUCUUCGAGAGUUGCUCUUCAUUAUCAUUUACUUCUUUUUUUUUUGGUCUGUUUUCUUUUGUCAUACAAGGCGUGCGAAAUAUUGAAAUGUCAUAGACAUAUGUCUAUAGAUCUGUUCUUUAUAGCUGAACUGGCUUCACUAGUUAGAGUUUAUCUUUUUUCUUCCAGGGAAAGGAAAAAGAUAAACUCCGAAUUAAUGCCACUAAUAGAGCCAGUUCAGCUAUAAACAACAGACCUUAUGUAAAAUGUGUUACGCAGGACGUUCAUUUGUAUAAGUUUUUUUUUUUUGGUGUAAUUAAGCAAUAAAGUGCGUUCACGCGCGCGUGAUACAUGCAUUAGAAAAAUUGACAUGUGUGUAUAUGUGUGUGCGUUCGGCUGAAUCUUUCUUAUUUGCCUUUCCGCUUCAUUUUUUGAUUUCGGUUCUUAAUAAGAUUGAUUUGUCUACGUUGCCAAUUUUAUUCCACAUCGAUGAUAUAUAAUAUAUUUAGAUUAAAUCUAUAUGAUGUUUCUUACAUAAAUAUACAUUAUUUGAUCUUACUCAAUUUAAAUUAUUUAUAAAGAUUACUACAAGCAAAUAAAAAUCUCAUUGAAAUUGCUUGGGAUAUUUGAGAAAACAAUAUUUUUAUUAUAAUUUGGUACCUUUUACAUUUUGAACGUAGGUAAUUAAAAUUUGGUUCCAUGAGCAAAUUAAAAAAAAAUUGUAUUUUAAGAAAUUAAUAUAUUAAUUUUCGCUUUUUUUAAUAGCGUAAUUUUUUAUUCAGUUAUCACGGGCGACAAUCACGAAGAAUUCGUCAACUUUGCAUCAAAAAGUUGAAAAGUCUACACAAAAAAUAAAAUGCAUAGAAAAAUCUUGUGCUGAG